AACAGAUUGUGUCAGCAGAAAUAAAAGCAGGACAGAUUGUGGAUUGUGAUUGUCUUCGCCUUUCCUUCUGCUGUAGUUCUGGUUUUCUUAUCCAGCUUUCAGAAAAAUUGCAUAGCUCUCUCAGGUUUUGCUAGCGUUGCGUCAGAAUGGCUUCUGUUGCCCUAAUGGUGUAUUCUACGAGUGGCAGUAUUUCCACUGAGAGACGAUUUCCAACGGAUUUGACAAUUUCGGAGCUGAAGAACAAGCUUGAACUCAUUGUUGGCACACCGGCAGCCUUUCAGAAUCUUCACUUGAGAACAGAAGAUGAUGCACCUGUAGCUGCCCUUGACGAUGGAUCAAAGUCGCUUUCAGCGUACGGUGCACUGAAUGGAAUGAGGCUGCAAGUUGUUGACAAGGAUCCCAAUCAGACCGCUCAGCAGCUCAAUGACCUGUCACAGGUGGAGAAGGUGGAAAUGAAAGAGGAGGACUAUGAAAAGAGAGAAGACUCUGUGCGAGCAUUCAAGCGUCGCAUGAAGCUUGGCCGCUUUGCAGAUGAUGGCUCAGAGCAAGUUGAUGAGCUAGCUGUUGACAGGGAAGCAGCUGCUGGUAUGAAGGUAGGAGACCGGUGUAAAGUGGAGAAGCCGACUCGUUAUGGCAGUGUAAUGUUCAUAGGUGAAACCCAGUUCAAGCCUGGAUGCCUUUGGAUUGGUGUGAAGCUCGAUGAGCCAUUGGGCAAGAAUAAUGGCAGUGUCAACGGUGUUCAGUACUUUGAGUGCGACGACAAGUAUGGCGUCUUCCAGCGGCCAAAAGUUGUCACAGUUGGAGACUUCCCUGAAGAGAAUUUUGAAGACGAGGAACUGUAAAGUAGUCUUGUGUACUGUACUCUGGGCUGAGUUAUUUCCCUAUUAGUAUCACCACAUCAUGCAAUCACAAACCGGAAAUCCUCGCAUGCCAUUGAGGUUAAACUAGCCAAUAUUUCACUGUUGCUAUUCCUAGUUCCAGAGGCGCAUACCAUAUUAUUGUACUUUGAAGUACCAAACAUGAAAAUAAUAACCUUGACCGAUCAUCGCAGAACUCAGCUGUGCUGAUAUAUUGGAGCUGCUGCUUUAUGCUGCACCGUAUAUUCAUGCAAUUUCUCAUGCUAGUGUGCUGGGCACAUAGCUGUUAUGGAUAGUUUGUUUGGAAUUGUAUUUCUUUCGGUUUCUUUCCUGAGUCUCCUUUUCGUACCGUGACAAACCACGCUUCUGCAUGUGCGCAUGCUACCGUGGGCUUUGGUAACCUGCAUUGUCUUUUUUUCUGGCACGUUUUGCAACAGCGGUUGCUGGUGUGCCGUGCAGAAUAAUCGUGAUCCUUG